UAUUUCUGGUGUCACCUUACACCGUGUAGAGCCAUGAAAAUAGUUUUUUAAUAUUUCGUAAUUUUUAAACAAAUUUGUUGAAGAGAAGCACAUAUUGUCAUUUAAUUAACGAUCAAUUAUAUUUAAUAGAAUCGAAUUACUGUGAUGGAAAUAUGCAUUUUUGUAUCUCAACUUCAUUUGUUUUUUUAAUGUCCAGAUACUAAAGAAUUGAAAUGGCAAACCCAUAUUCUAUGAUACCUCAGCCUCCACCGCCACCACCACCACUUCCCACAUCUUUCCACAAUGGUAACCAAGUGCAAUGUUCUCCCUCAUUUUCCAGCAUCAGUGAUGGUGAAAACAACCAGGACACGUCCCCGCAAUCUAAAGUUUCCUGUUUUAAAACCCAUUCUUCUAAAUGCAAGCAAAAGGAAUUGCAGUUCCACCUGGUCGGUGCCAUAGAAUCUGGCAAUUUGGUACAAGUCCAAAAACUGGUCAAUAAUGGAGUAAACAUUGACUGCAUCAUUCUGUUAGUAAAAACACCGUUAAUUCAUGCAAUGGAACAAGGCCAAGAACAUAUUGCAAGUUACUUAAUUUCUUCUGGUGCCAACACCAAUAAAGCUGAACGGAACGCAUGGUUUCGCCAUCCUCUUCACACUGCUGUCUUUAAAAACAUGUAUAAUAUUGUACUGAAGCUUCUGGUUCAUGGCGCUGUUAUAGAAGCCCAAGAUGGUAAUGGUAUGACGCCUCUCACUUAUUCUGCUAUUUAUGGUAAUUCAGAAAUUACUAAGUUACUCAUUUCAUAUGGCGCCAAUUUAAACCAUGAAGAUUUUGUCAACAGAAUAGCUCUUCAUUUUGCUGCAGAACGGAAUUUACUUGACAUCGCUGACACCCUCAUCAGACUUGGAUCCAAUAUUGACCAUCAAGACAAAUACGGUUGGAGUCCCUUAUUUGGUGCUGUGAUGUACAAUCACAUAGAAAUGGUACAGUUGUUGUUGUCACGCCGAGCCAAUGUCCAGCUUCUUGAUUACGGUGGGGAUGGUAUCAUGCACUUAGCAUGCUCACGUUUCCGGCGCGAGAAAGUCUUUGUUGUAUUAUCCACUUCUGAAGACUUGUACAAGAGAAAGCGAAGAAUCCCUACCCUCAGUUUUCAGAAUCUUUGUGUAAAAUUCCGUGGUAGCAACAUCGACAUCAUUCACUGCUUGAUUGAUGCUGGUGCCAAUGUAUGCCUGUCUAACUAUGAAGGACUAACUCCACUUGAUCUCUGCAAAGAACAGAAUGUUAUGAAGAGUCUGGUGUCUGUUGGGAGUCCAAUAGAUCCCGGAUGGAUCCAGUCUGCCACGUUGUGUUCCGAAUCGGGAGAAAACACUGAAAUUAUUACUUGGCUAUUGGAGCAAUUCCAGUUACAACAGCGCCUGAUCUUUGCCUGUAAAGUGGCAAUCAGGCGCUAUCUUUCAUUUACAGGAUGCAUCUCUUCCGCUAUUCAAAAACUGCCGCUACCAAAUGCCAUGAAAGAUUUCCUUCAGCAAGUUUAUUAACUUAUUUUAAAUUUUUUACACUAUUAUUCUGUUUGUUUCUGAAUGUAGUUUUAGAAUUUUGGGUAUGUACAUAUAUAUAUAUAUAUAUAUAUG